UGAGGUUGAUCAUCAUUGUCUCUGUAACGCCUAGAACUCGAUGCUACCAUGCUAAUUUCAUCAGCAGUGUAAUUAUCUUCUAAUACACAAUGCUAGUUGUUUGUAUAAUAGAUGGUAAUGGAAAUGGAGGAGAAACCUCAGGAUCUAAAACUAGAGGUGCUGAAAAAGGGGUUGAUUUGGUGGAAAGAACAAAAGCAAAAGAAAGAGCCUUUGCCGAAAUUGAGAAAGUUUGUGAAUGCUACAAAGCUCAGUUAGAUACAGUGGUGUUUCAGAAGUUAGAUUUUGGUGAACUAGCUGUAUUGGAUACAUUUUAUAAUGCUGAUGUUGCUGUAGUAGAUAUGACAACUCCUCUACAACAAGCCUCAUUAUUCUACCACCUGGGUAUAAGAGAGAGUAUGGGGAUGAAACAUAAUAUUGUCAUAUGUUAUGAUGUGGAUCCAGAGUUAACUUUGUCCCUGAGGUUGUCUUGUGGAACUGGUACAACAUUUUUUGCCUACACUAUAGAUGCGUGUAAUUCAUGUGUUGUUGGUGACCCUUCCUCAUCUCCUAUAUUAAAAGAUAGUUGUGCUCAUCCAGACGUACCUACAUUGAUGAAAAAACUCAAAACUGCUUUAAGUGAUGUUGAUGAAUUCAAUAGGGUUCAUUCUAAGGAGAGAUUUUUAAAAGAUUUGAGAAAAGCAAUAACUAAUUAUAGUGGUGAAGAUCUAAAAGAGGCAUUAGCUGGUAUGAGAAGAAGAUUAGAUGAUCCUAAGUUAUUAUCUGUAGAUAUUAUUGUUAAUAUGUUGAUAUCAUAUAGAGAAGUUCAGGAUUAUGAUAAUAUGGUGAAGCUAGUAGAAGACUUAGAACAGAUACCAAACAGUAAAAUAUCAUCAACAAUAGCAAUAUUACAAUUAUAUGCUUUUGCCCUAAAUAGGAGAAAUAAUGUUGGAGAUAGAGAUAAAGCUCUAGAUGUCAUAUUAAAGGCAAUAGAUAUGAGUGAUAAUGCUGUACCUGAUAUGAUAUGUUUAUGUGGUAGAAUAUAUAAAGAUAAGUUUGUAGAAUCAGAUUAUAAAGAUAAUGAAGCUUUAGACAAUGCUAUAAAAUGGUACAGGAAAGGGUUUGAUGUACAACCCAAUGAAUAUGCUGGUAUUAAUCUUGCCACACUGUUAGUUAUAUCAGGAAAAGAUUUCUCAUCUUGCCAAGAAUUACAAAGAAUUGGUAUUAUACUAAAUAAUUUGAUUGGUAAAAAAGGAAGUUUACAAUCAUUAACAGAUUAUUGGGAUGUGGCAACCUUUUUUGAAAUCAGUGUUUUAGCAGAAGAUUAUUCUAAAGCAUCACAAGCAGCAUAUUGUAUGUUUAAACUAGAACCACCAGACUGGUAUUUAAAAUCAACUGUUGGUAAUAUAUUGUUAAUCAAUAGAUUUAGAAGAAGUGUGAAAGCAGGGUUAGUUGAUCCGUUGUUUGAUUUUUGGAUGGAUUUUUUUGUGGAAGCAAUAAAACAAGAGGAAGAAGUAGUUGGAAUUCGUUUUCCUGUGCUGAUAUUAGAACCUAAUAAACAAUAUAAACCUAGUUAUAUACAGAUAAAUAAAGAUACAGAAGAUAAGUGUAUAAAGUUAUGGCAUGUUGUUAGUGUACCAGAAGAUAAAACAGCUUGUGAAUGGACAUUUGAAUCACAAGCUAUCAAACGUGUCAGUAUGUAUAAAAGAGAUGUGAGAGCUGUAUUUUUAUAUGUUCAAGAGAAUUCAGAUGAUUUCCAUAUAUUUUUUCCCUCCUGUGUACAGAAAAUGAAAUUUUAUGGUUUAGUUAGUGAAUUAACUCAGAAUCCAUUUUGUUUUGUGGAUGAUGUUGUUGAAGAUGUUGUUGAGUAUGUAUAUGAAUAUGAUGAUAAAGGUAACAGGAUACUGCUAGGAAGGGGAACCUUUGGUUGUGUUUAUGCUGCUAGAGAUAAAAGACAAAUUAAAAUAGCAGUUAAAGAGGUUCCUGAGAAAUGUAAAGAAGAGGUACAACCUUUACACGAAGAAAUUCAUCUACAUAGUCGAUUAAAACACAAAAAUAUUGUAGAAUAUCGAGGUUCCAUGAGUGAAGAUGGUUUCUUUAAAAUUUUUAUGGAGCAAGUUCCUGGAGGAAGUCUGUCUCAGUUAUUACAGUCUAAAUGGGGGCCGCUAAAAGAUAAUGAAUUAACUAUUGUACACUAUACUAAACAGAUAUUAGAGGGCUUGAAAUAUUUGCAUGACAAUAAAAUAGUACAUCGUGAUAUAAAGGGAGAUAAUGUACUAGUCAAUACCUAUAGUGGUGUUUUAAAGAUCUCAGAUUUCGGUACAUCUCGACGUUUAGCUGGUAUUAAUCCUUGUGCUGAAACAUUUGCUGGUACAAUACAGUAUAUGGCUCCAGAAGUUAUAGAUAAAGGAGCUAGAGGUUAUGGACCACCGGCUGACAUCUGGUCAUUAGGUUGUACAGUGAUUGAAAUGGCUACAGGCAAACCACCAUUUAUAGAGCUGGGUUCUGCCGAGGCUGCCAUGUUUAAAGUUGGUUUUUAUAAAAUGCAUCCUGAUAUUCCCGAAUGCAUGUCUAAAGAUGCACAUGAGUUUCUUCUCAAUUGUUUUGAACCCGUUCCUGAUAAAAGAGCGACAGCAGCUGAAUUAUUACAACAUAAAUUUAUUACUGAAACAGAUAUCAAGUUGAAAAAUGUAAAAUCAACUGCCCUGCAAAUUAGUAUAAACCUCCCUUAUUUUACUCAUAAUGAGAGUUUCUUGUACACUUUUUCAAAUUUAUGUAGUGUCUCUUCCGAGUAUUUCUCUUCAAAUUUAAUUAAAUUCAUUUCUGUUUGUAACUUUGUAUAUUUUAGUACUGAUUCAGCUUUAUCCAAUGCCAGUGGUGGAACUAAUAUACUAUCUCCUGAUAUAGAAUCUACUCCUGAUACAGGUGGUUCUAAAGAUGGUUUCUAUUUAUUACGAAAAGAUUCAGAGAGGCGUAAUACUCUGGUACAAAUAAUGGCACAGGAUAGAGAUAAGAUAUGUGAUGCAUGGUUGGAAUCAUUGCAUAAAGAAGCUACAAUAUCACACCCUAAAUUAACUUCGGAACAUUUAAAGAUAUUGUUGAUAGGUCUGAUGGGUCAUGUUAAAGAUCCCAAUAGUAGUAGUAUAGGUGAAGCAAUAGAUAAAUUACGAGAUGGUGUAGAGUUUGAUGUUACAGCUUUAAUGGAGAUUCAGCUUGCACUCUACUUGUUUCAAGGAGCUGUUGGAAGUAGCUUAAAAACACAUAGUAUACAACCCCAUUGGAUGUUUGCAGUAGAUAAUUUGUUACGCAAUGCUGUUACUGCAGCAAUAUACAUAAUAUCACCAGAAUUAGGAGCUAACUUGGCUGGUCGAGAACAAGAUGAAGAAGUAUCAACAUCUGGUGUCUCAUCAGCUAAUUCUAAUAAAGUUGCACCAUUCAAAUCUAGUGCUAUUCAAGAAUUACAACGCCAACUAGACUCUUUACAGAAUGAUAAUAUAAAAUUAAUGGAAGAAUUUAUUGAAGCCCAGAAAGCUUAUAAAUCUUUACUACAGCAAUCUGUUCAGGAUAAGAAAUUACAUAUAAGCCAACUGCAAUCUAUACAAAGAACAGAUGGUGCUUCUUCAUCUUCAUCAUCAUCUGUAGUAUUAAAACGAAAAGUUCCAAAUAUUCAAAUAAAUGCAGAUUCAGAUGUAGUAAAAUGGUUAGAAGAUAAUAAUUUUUAUCCUGAGAUUAUAUGUCGCAUAUGUGAAGAAGAAUAUACAUUACAAGAUUUAUUUGAACUGGUCACUUACGAAGAUUUACAACGUCUCCAAUUAAGAGGUGGUGUUUUAUGUAGAUUGUGGAGAUUAAUCCUAUCCAAGAGAAACACACGAUCAAAAAGAAGAUAGCAAUUAUUUAAUAAAUCUCGUGUUUGAAAAUUUAAACUAAAUACCUUCAUUUGUACAUUCACACAAAAUAUAAACUGACCUAUCAGGGAUAUAUAAAUAUUAUAUUACAAAUUUUUCUGUUUGAAAAUAUGUUUGUAAAUAUUUUUCCCUUAGUGCAUUUAGCUUUUAGUAGUUUGACUUGCUUCUCAUUUAUCUGAACUGAAAAUUAAAGAAAUAAUAUUGUAAUUUUUGCAGAAGGGGUUGUAGUUUACUAAUCCCCAAAAUCAUCAUGGAAGAUUUCACUGAAAUAGUGACAUCACAAUUCCAGAGUCCCAUUAAUUCUUUUCCUAUGUAUUCAAAAUAUGUUUACUGCUGUCACUUACAGUUCCUAUUUCAAAUACAAUGGUUUUUUAUGGAUUUCGUAAUGAUUAUAUUUGUUUUACUUAGUUUAACACCAAAGAUUAAGUUGAGAAUUUGUAAUGAUUAAUCAUUGUUAGUGUACAAUGAGUCUCAAUGCUUGGAAAUGGCAAGUUAUAAAAUGGCAUGUGGCUUUUUUAUAUGCUUGUAAAAAUGGCAAGUGUAAAAUGUCUAAAGUUUUUUUUAGAUCCAAAAUAGUUCAAUAUUUGUUGUGUUUGAUUUUGGUAGUCUUAUACAAGUAGUAGAAAUUAUUUCCUAGUGUUCUCUAGUCUACUUGCUUUAAAAGUAUUUACAGUAACAGAGUAGGAAACAGGUAUUUUGACCAUUAUAUCAUUGACCCGCUUCAUAGUUUAUACAUGAUACUAAUAAUGG